GGUAUUUGCAAUCAUGAUAAACCAAAAUACGAUGGUGAAUUAAAUGUUGAUAAUUGUAGACUGUUUGUUAAUCCUGAAGCUGCAAUGCAACAAAUAAUUAAUGAUUCUAAAUUCCAAUAA